AUGAAUAACCUCCCCAUCGAGCUCUUAGAGCAAAUAUGCACCACUCUCUGUCCCCAUUGCACACACAUCGAUAGAAAUGACCGCACCUCAUGCUGCCGAGCGCUAGCAUCCCUCUCUUGCACAAACCAACUCCUCCGCGCCAUCGCCCAACCAAUCCUCUUCCAUCGUCUGAAACUUAGUAGAAGAUCUUCUUGUGCGUUUCUGCGCAUGCUCUAUGAGCGGCCACACUUGGCUUCGAAAGUUAAGCAACUAUCUCCCUUGUGGCAACAAUUAUUCUUUGAUGGCUCAGAUGAAGACCAUCAAAUCCUCGAGCGGGCCGCGCGAGAAUUACUUCUUGACAUAGACGGCAACACCGGCUUUGACGAAUUAUAUGGAGAUAAUCCCCCGAAACAUUUCCUAACCGAACUCAUGAUUGCGUUGCUGCCAAACCUAGAAUCGUUUGUGGCGGAGAUCGAAUACAGCAUCCCGGAUGAAGAUCUGGCAACUUUCUAUCGGUUUUUGGAUAGUCGAUUCAAAAGACUUGAACCCCAAAAUGGCGGUAUCUCGGGGCUUCCGAAUAUUCGUGCCUUGGGGUUUACGAAGGAGGGUAGUUGGGGAUUUAGUCUGGCCACCCCCGGGAUUGCGGUGUUGUUGAAUGCCGCCCCAAAUUUGGAAAGGUUGGUGUUUGAUGGGACACAUGGAGUCGGAGGGGUGUAUCGGGAAUGGGUUGAGAAUAUGGAUCUUAUGGCUUCAGGGUUAAGGAAUUUGAGGGUGUUGUCUAUUACGAAUUCGGUGCUGGGGAAUAAUGAGGAAGAUUUUGAGUUUGGACAGUUGAGGCGGAUUGUGCAGCUUUGUACUAGGUUGGAGGUGUUUCGAUUUAAUAGUAUUGGUCUGUUUCCGAAUGAGCUGGAUGAUGGUCAUUUACCUCCAGGGAGGUUUGUUGAGGCGCUUGACUCUGUCAAGGAGACGUUGACAGGGCUCGAUAUUGAUAUUGGGGAGUCGUGCCCUCCUGAACCGGCUGAUGACUGGAUGUUGACUAGCCAAUCCAUGACUUCAUUCGAACGUCUCGAGUCCCUACGACUAGAUGAAUUAUCGUUUUGUCUCCACUGGGUAGAUGUCGUGACGGACCGGAGUCCGAGGUCGAGCACAACAUGCCUGACUGAUAUUCUGCCCGAGACAGUACGAUUCUUGACGGUGAGACUCGUUCACGAAGGACAAGCCUGGAAUGAUCUUUGCCAUCUUGCUCAUCUCGCGGACAAGGAAUUCCCGCGGCUGGAAUCCGUGAUUGUUGAACAAAACGAGACCUGGGGUGGGCGAACGAUGAAGCAUGCAGUACGGGAAGCAUUUGAACAGUCUCGGGCGAGAUUGUCUUUUGUUGAUAGGGGCUACUACUAUGGUGAGGAAACGCAAUUUGAUGAUGUGUAUGAUUACGAUAGGUGA